GCGUGUUUCUAAAAAAUCAGAGCGUUAAUUACGCGCGUAAACAUAAAUCUUCGUCGUGCGAAAUUACCAUGAAGAUUAGGUAGGUAGGUAGGUGCUGUCACGGCAAAGUUCAGAACACGUGUUUCAUUCGCGCAAUAAACAUUUGUGUUAGCAAUAAACACAGUUCGUUCGGCUAUUCUCGGUUCGUAUGGCUAAUGUGUCGCGUCUGAUGCUGGCGGAUGAACGGCGAAUUGUCGUUUCGCGAUUUUUGGCCACAUAUAAAUUUUCGAGAGUGUGAGAGUGCACGGCCAGAACGGCGUGAAGAGAGCAUUGUGUGGCGUGACGUUGCGCACGUGAAGCGACCGAAGCGCGCGCAUUCGAUAACGUCGCGCGAUCAGUAGAGUACAUUCGCUUUAAUGGCAUUCUUCACACUUCUUUCUUCUUUCUCCGGAGCUUCAGUUAUAUGGUGCUUAAUACGGAACGUGUUAGAUAAAUGGUGAAAGCCUGGCGUAAGCCAUGUACAAUCUGAACGUGAACAUGAAUCCCAGCCCGACCGGGGCUACGGGUCUUCUCGGUGUCACGGCGGCGGCAGCCGAGGUUACGCCAAGGACACCGGAAAUCGUAAACUCGCUGAUCGCCAUGACCAAUCCCUUCGAGGGCUACGGCAGCGGUAACGAGAAGGGCAUGCGAGAUCGCACGGACUCGACUAGUAGCGGCGAGCCGAGCCCGCCCAGCGUCCAGCACACCUGUAGUCAGCUCAUCAAGGAAGGGCUGAAGCUGACGCUGCAGACGAAGAGGCGGGCGAAUAGUAGUGGCGACGACAGCAAGAAGAAGACGAAGAAGGAGGACAGCGGCGCCGACGACGAGGAAGAGGACGAGGUGAGCAACAACAACAACAAGAGUAGUCUGACGCCGGAGGACGAGGAACGACGACGACGGCGACGCGAGCGCAACAAGAUCGCGGCGACCAAGUGCCGGCUGAAGAAGCGGGAGAAAACGGUGAUCCUUGUGCAGGAGUCCGAGAUCCUCGAAACGCAAAAUCACGAUCUGAAGUCUCAAAUCCAAGAACUGGAGACUCAGAGGCGCAGGCUGGUCGAUAUGUUAAGUCUUCAUAGCCCAACCUGCUUAAAACAGGGCAUAGACACGACAUCUUACCAGCAGUACGCCGAACCUCUUCAGCUGUCCAGCUAUCAGGAGAACUUCGUGCAACAGCAGCAGCCUCCGCCAGCCCUGAAUCAGCCGCAGAACUGCGUGACCGAGUAUCCAGUGAAGGUCGAGGAAUACGAAACCGAUUUCUAUCGGCAAAGUAGCCCCUUCAUUCCGACGACGUCGGAUGCUGGUUGUACGGUUUAGCGAAACGGCGAAUAUCGUUUUUCUUCGCCGUUUCUUUUGAAGAAGAGAGGAUCGUCGAGAAGCUCGGAAAGCAUAAUUGGCUCUAACUUUAUCUAAAUAAUAUAGAAUUUGAAAAGAUAUCUAAGAGAUUUAAAAAAUAAAUUCUUUUACUAAAUUAUAAAAAUAUAGAUAUAUUCUUGUUGCUAUAUAGUUUCACAAGUCUGUAAAUGACAAAACUAAAAGAAAUUGAAAACUAUGAUAAGUCAAUCGGUAUUAAUAAAGAUGAAUCCUUUUAUAGGCAGAACAAUCCAAUCUCUUGUGUGUGAUUGUAAUGGUUAUUUAAUUCUUUCUAUAUUUUUACUAUUAUAUCUUCAUCAAUCUUUUUUAAUGAUAGUAAUAUAAUUUUAAUUAUGAUUUGAAAACUAAAAGUUCAAGGAAAAGUCUGAAAGAAAAAUUCUGAUAUUCUUAAUAUAGAAAAUUGUAUAUUUUAUAUUAUUUACAUUAAUUCUAUGUUAAUAUUUUACAAAAUUUAUUUUGAUUAUAUAUGCACAAUAUAUUAUGUAAAAUUUUAUUUUUUACUUAUAUAUUUUGAGUACUAUAUUUUAAUAGACGAAAAAAGGUUGGCGUCGUAAUGGCAAAAACAAGAUUAUAUGCAUUCCACAUAUGAGAUAUCGCAGAACUGAAGAAAGGAAUUUUGAUAAUUAUGUUUGAUUUCUAUUUUUUUUUAUGUUUUAAAUUUAAUAUUUAAAUUUAAUUUUUUUUCUAAACAAGCAGUCCGUGCUUCUCUUCGUUAAUCUCUCUCGAUCGUAAAAGUCCGUAGCUCGUAAGUCGAUUAUUAUAUCAUAAACGCGAAUAAUGAUUUUUAUCUUUCGUCUUCCUUAUCAUUCAUCGAUCUUUUUCUUCUUUUUUUCAUUUCAUCUGUUUCUCUUUCUUUUUUCUAACGAGCUCUCGUUAUACUCGAAAAACGUUCGACGUAGAGAACGCUUGAAGACAUUCCUUCGUAAUAACCGUACUGUGACAUUCUUAAGGCCUUAUUAAUAAUAUAAUCGAUAAUAUAUGUAAGGUAGAAGAAUGGAUUGUGUCUAGUGAUGCUCUCUCGCUCCUCUACAAGAAUUUUUAAAAGUUAUUUAGAAUAUUUAAUAAAAAAUUUUUUUGAACUUUUUCUCUUUAUAUUAAAAAUUAUUUAUGAUUAAACAUAUAAAGUUUAAUUAUGUUAAUUAUAUUAUUAAUUUUCUGAUUUUUAUGAUUAAAAUUCUCAAAUUAUCCAUAAAAUAUUUUUAACUUAUUCAUUUUGAUUAUUAAUUUUCAAAACUAAGUUGUAAUUUUAGUUAACUAAAAAGAAUAUUGUUUCUAUACCUUAGCAGAACUUUAAAAGUCUGCUGGUAUUUUUGCUAUUUGGCGAGUACAUUAUUUUCUUUCUUUAUCUCUUUUUUAUGGUUGUCGCGCCGACGAAAAAAAUUAGCGAGGCGAGCGAGCAUUGCUAAAGGAUAUCCAGUCGUUAAAUAAUAAGCAAGAACCGAGACACAGCGCUUCGUACAUUUAGCAAUUGAAAAGAAUAUUAUUUAUUUAAAUCGUAGUAAACUGCAUUAAAAUUUUAAGAAAUAUGGAAAAAAGAAAAAUUUUUAUUUUAGAAUAUGAAAUGUUUUGUUAUAAAUUACAAUUUUUUUUUUGUAAAUAAUAUUUUAUUAUAUAAAGUUAUGGAAAACUUACAAAAUAUAAAAAAUAAGAACGUUUUAAUGUACAUUUAUUAUAAAAAAAGAAUUCGGUGUAUUUAGGAAAUGAACUCUAAUUAUUCGCGAAGCGCCUGUCUCGGAUUCGUGAAACAGUGAGAAAGAGACAGUACACGCGAGUAUCCCGGUGUAGGUAAAUCUGUCAUUGAUAUAGAUUUAUAUAUGAUUUGUAUAUCUGUCAUUGAUAUUGAUAUUGAUUAUCAACAAGUCGAUAACGUGCGUUUUAGAGGAUACUUAUAAAUACGAAUGACGCGAAUGAUAUUUAAUAUUAUGUACGUACGCACAUAUAUUUUAUACAAAGAUAUAUUAUAUAAAUAUGUGAACAUAUACGUAUAUAGGGUGUCUCAAAGAUCGCGUAUUAUUAUGCAAUUCUUUCGCAUUGCAGUUACAUAAUAUAUGAGCAAGAGAUUUUAUAAAAUAAAGCAUGUAAAAAUAUAUUUUAAAAAAAUUUUUAAUGUUAUUACAAAUUAUUUAUUAGUUAUAUGAGAGAAUUGAAAAAUUGUUUUUCGUAAAAAUAGUGAUUUAGCAUGUUGAGACACUUUGUAUAUAUGUAUAUGUUAUAUACAUGUGCAAAAAUGAUCGCAUAAAUAAGCCCAUACCGUUAAUAGUUAACGAACACUUAAUUACAUGACGAUUAUUAAAUGCUAGAUUCGUUGAAGAACAGAGAAUUACGUGCCUAACGACAUACCUCAAUUUGUUACCCUCCCUCAGUGCGUUUGCAAAUUGAGAUUUUACCACGAUUAAUACUAUCUCCUAUUAUAUUUAGUUUCGAUGUUCACAUAAAAGAUUAUUACAUAAAGAAGAUAGAAAGUGAAACAAAGUAAUGCCAAAGAAAACUGUGAGCAAGCACAAAUAAUAUGUAUAGUUCAUCUGUAAUAUUUGUAAUAAACAUAAUAAUUUUCACAAAUUUGCUGAGAAAGAAAAAGAGAAAGAGCCCAAAUUUUGUAUUUUUUAAAAGAAUUAUUUAAUAUUUUCAAAAUCAAAGAAACAGAAACUUUAUUUUAUUGAAAUAUAUUUGUCUCCUAUAAUUAAAACGUUUUUAAUUUUUGUUGAGUCUUAAAAUAAUUUUAGAUUAGUUUUGAAUCGAUUAACUCUUUGAAGACUCCUCUAUAAAACAUUUUGUUUUUUAUUUUGGCAAACGCACUUUGGGAGCUACGCUUAUAAGAUGAUUUCUCACGUAAUUUUUUAUGGAAGUUAGUUUGAUAUCUUUAGCGAAGUGCUGUAAUAUUAAUCAACGAAACAAACGCUUACAAAAUCGCGGACUAAAUGCCUUUUCCUCUUCGGAGUGUUGCCACCGUCAGAUUGAUAAAACCGUAAGAUUUUCCUAGCGCUUUGUGAGCAAAGCAAAGCGAGAUAAAGUCUUUCGUGUUUUCCCUUUUUUUUCCUUCGACAGUAUACCGAAUUUACGAACAUAAGUAAAAUCCCGGUAUGACUUCUAAUAUCCGUAAAUCGUGAAAAUGGCAAUCAUGCCAGUAUCACACAACAGCGACACGUGUGAAUGGUGCUAUAGGAAUAUUACCCUUUUUAUAGAAUUUUUAUUAAGUUGCCAGAACAGAGUAUUUAAUAGUUUAAUAUACAUCUGAUUAAAUGUCAGACCGAGAUAUUUUAUGAAAUUAAAAAAAUAAUAUAAAGUUAAUGUAUAUGAAAAGAAAAUAUCCGUUAAAAAGAUUCGUUUAAAACGCUUCAAUAAAUUUACGCUGUAUUUAAAUCGUAAAUUUGCAUUGUACGCAACCUCCGUGAUUCUAAAUACAUACCCUUUUUGUUAUUUGAAUACUGCCAGUGCUAAGAUCCCGGAUAUUGUGGCUUCUAGUACCUAAGAAUUUGUCUUCUUCUUUUAUCAGCAAAUUAUUAAAGAAUUUUUUCUUUUAGAAUGUAAGCGUUGCUUUUUGGAGCAAAAUUAAGCUGUAAAUGAGUAAGGAAAACUUGCCAAAUUUUCACCGACUAAGAGAAUUGGCAUUAUUGUAUCUUCUACAUAUAUUACUCAGUACCUGGCUAUGGUUUUCCAUACAGUAUGGCCGUUUUUCCCGCAAAUUCUUAUUAAUACACCGAUUAUGCGAGCGAGAUGGAAAAACGGCCGAUAAAAUUUUAUCGUUGUAACCUGUCAAAAAAUUUUAUUCUUUAAAUAAAAGUGCCUUCAAUACUAAAAAA